GCGAGCUCAGGGCGGCGGGAGGGGGCGGCGUUCUCUUGCCGCGGCUUCUUUAUUGUUUUCCUGACCUCAGCCCCGCGUCCGGCCGAGGAGGGCGGGGAGGCCCGCGGCUGUCGCGGUUGGCGACGGGCUCCUCGGUGGCUCCGCUCAAAAGUACAGUCGCACCCUCGUCCGGGACACCCCGCGCCGGCCAGCUGUUCGGGGAUUCCCGGCGGGCGACGCCUGUCGUCGGAGUGGCUGGACUCCGGGGCUGUGCCCACGGGGGCUCCGCUGCCUUGGGCAUCGUCGUCCCGUGUCUGGAUGCGCUUUCGCUUUAGGACUCACCGAGUCAGAAGUGGGCUCCGCCCUGUGUCACAGAAUCCCAUCACAUCAGCGUUUCACCUUCGCACCUGAACGCUGCCGGCGCCUGGUGCGGGCGUGGAAAGUGACUUGCCCAAGGUCACACCGGCAGGACCGGGGAGGCGACCGGAGCCGGUGUAAUGUUCAAGCUCAGAAAUGCCUUAUGUGGAUCGUCAGAAUCGCAUUUGUGGUUUUCUAGACAUUGAAGAAAAUGAAAAUAGUGGGAAAUUUCUUCGAAGGUACUUCAUACUGGAUACCAGAGAAGAUAGUUUUGUAUGGUACAUGGAUAAUCCUCAGAACCUACCUUCUGGAUCAUCACGUGUUGGAGCCAUUAAACUUACCUACAUUUCAAAGGUUAGCGAUGCAACUAAGCUAAGGCCAAAGGCUGAGUUCUGUUUUGUUAUGAAUGCAGGGAUGAGGAAGUAUUUCCUACAAGCUAAUGAUCAGCAGGACCUAGUAGAAUGGGUGAAUGUGUUGAACAAAGCUAUAAAAAUUACAGUACCAAAGCAGUCAGACUCACAGCCUCAUUCUGAUAACCUGAGUCGCCAGGGAGAAUGUGGGAAGAAGCAAGUGUCUUACAGAACUGACAUCGUUGGCGGUGUCCCCAUCAUUACCCCGACUCAGAAAGAAGAAGUAAAUGAAUGUGGUGAAAGUAUUGACAGAAAUAAUUUGAAACGCUCACAAAGCCAUCUUCCUUACUUUACUCCUAAACCACCAUCAGAUAGUGCAGUUAUCAAAGCUGGAUAUUGUGUAAAACAAGGAGCAGUGAUGAAAAACUGGAAGAGAAGAUAUUUUCAAUUGGAUGAAAACACAAUAGGCUACUUCAAAUCUGAACUGGAAAAGGAACCUCUCCGUGCAAUACCACUUAAAGAGGUUCAUAAGGUCCAGGAAUGUAAGCAGAGUGACAUAAUGAUGAGAGACAACCUCUUUGAAAUUGUAACAUCAUCUAGAACUUUCUAUGUGCAGGCUGAUAGCCCUGAAGAGAUGCACAGUUGGAUUAAAGCCGUGUCGGGUGCCAUCGUAGCCCAGCGGGGACCCGGCCGAUCAGCAUCUUCUGAGCAUCCCAACUGUCCAGAACCCAAAUGCGCCUUCCGCCCCGCCGGCGCCGCCGCCGCACAUUCCACAGCCUCUCGCAGCAACUCUCUGGUCUCAAGCUUUACCGUGGAGAAGCGAGGAUUUUACGAAUCUCUUGCCAAGGUCAAGCCAGGGAACUUCAAGGUCCAGACUGUCUCUGCAAGAGAACCAGCUUCCAAAGUGACUGAACAAGCUCUGCUAAAACCUCAAAGUAAAAAUGGCCCUCAGGAAAAGGAUUGUGACCCAGUGGACUUGGAUGACGCAAGCCUUCCAGUCAGCGAUGUGUAAGAUGGAAGCACCUGGAGCCCGACCCACUCAUCAGCCCCUCAGUUUCCUUUCAUGAGGCUUCUAGCCAAAGAUGAUAAAGGGUGAAAUGGUUUUUAAUGCAUAUAUUAUACUGCCUCGUAGAUGUACUCUUUAUAAGCUGGUAAACCAAGAAUCUAGGGAGUGGCCAAACUAAGUGGAAUCUCUUUUUAAAAGUAAGAAAGACAAAAACCUAAGUGUCUCAGUAUCAACUGUCUGAAAUUUUGUGUGUUCUCAUUUGGGUGAUGAAAAUGUGUGUGUGAUAUUUUUUUGUAGUGAAUCUGACAAUUUAAAUGUUUAACAACUGUAAACAUUAAAAAUGCUUAUUAUUUUUGUCAUUUUUAAAAUGCUAUGACUUCCUAUUAGAUGGUCGAUAUUUAGACAUUCUUACUGGUUAAUAUUAUUGAAUGAAAUAUGAACCAGACUAAGAUAUCUAAACUCAUGAUGUCUGUGGUGCUGUAGAAUUUCUACUACAAUGUGGGUGGACUGUUUGGACAGGAUAACCGUCUUGGAUGCCCUGGAUCUCAAGGUGACUGGUAAGUUUUGCAUAGAGGAUAUUAUUGAACUGUUAGUGAGGGUGUGGUUGUACUGGGGUGGAAUUAGAUUUUAAACAACUGUAUCUUGGACAUUUGUUUGAUAAAACUUAAAGUGGGACUUGCAGCAGUCAUUACUUUAUUUAGUGAAAAUUAAUUGGUAUGAAAUUUUUGGGAGAUCUGAUUUUCUUAUCAAAGUUUUGUACCAAUUCUUAUUUCUAUCUUUGGAUCAGUGGAAGACCUCAAGUUUAUAUGUAAAGACAUACUGCCCGUAGUCAUGCUAUUGUGGCCUCUAGUUUUUUUUCACUAACAAUCUAUAUUCAUUCAAGUGCCUGUGUUUUUCAUCUUGUUAAGUUAAUGUGUUCAAAAGUCCUAUAUAUAUGAUUGGCUUUAAACAUUUGGAUAAAAUUAAUUUUCAGUAGUAUAGUUCAAUGUGUUAAAUAAGGUAACAUUUUAUGUUAGAGAUACCAGAAUGCUGGUAUUCUACUACCUGUGCAAUAUAUAUGUCUUAAAAAACAAAUUUGAGUAUACAUUUAAUCACAGGGAUAUCAUAAAGUAUAAGCGCCUCUCUUAAAAAAUCCUGAGUUUGAAGUGUUGAAUAAUAGACCGGUUUGAGCAAGUACCAUUUUUGUGGUUCAGUCUUAAACAUUUGCUUUAAGAAAAUAGUCUUGAAUUUCACAUGCUGCUAUUUUUUUUAUAUUGUACCAUUUUAUAGUACUGUUUAGUUUUGAAUUCACACGUCAUGUUUUUCCUUUUCAUUUUCUAAGAUGACUCUUUGUCUGAGAGAGAUUUCCUAUUGCAGUGGUGGGGUCCAGAGGUUACUAUCUGUUAUAUUAGAAUUGCCAUAGCAUCUGUUUAAAAAAAAACCCCAAUGCAUAAA